CUUUUUGUUUCUUCAUAGAAACGUAUAUUUUUUGAAUAGUUUAUGUUUGGAGUUAUAACAGAAACAUACAUAAGAAAGAAAUUCAGACAUACUUUUUUUUAAGAAUUAUUGAAACAUGGAAUUUCCCAUACCAGAGGCGCAGUAUUGGGACGUUUCAAAAAAAUCACAGAAAGAUCGUCAGAUGAUACGGAAAUUCGUUCCUGAUGCCGUCGACCUGUCCACUAUAAAUCGUGGCGAGAUUUACAGGAUUGACACGUUUUAUUUGGAGUGUCAGAAGUACAGGGAUCAUUAUCGUGACCCCUAUGGCAAGGUACAUUGUCCACAAUUCUUCCACUUGCAUAAGGGAAAAUGCGGCAUCAAAUUGGACCAGACCCUGGCCCAGAUGACACAGGCGAUUGCUGGAAAUGUGGACAGGCAGCCAAUAGUGUUUCCCCUGAUUCCGAACAAGAGCAUGUUUUUGGGAGGCAGCAUACCAAUGGGGUCACAGACAUCCAAAAUUGGCGUCACUAGCUACCUAAGAUGAUGUACUUGUAAAUAAAUAUUUUUGUAUCCAAAAAUAUACUACGUUUACCAACAACUUA